AUAACAAUACAAUAUACAAUUAUUUUAAGCAUUGGACCUUAAUUUUUUUGUUCACGUUUGUGCUCUAAAUGAAAAAGCGUCUAUUCGUGAAGUGGACAUCGCUGAUAAAUAUAUGAUACACAAGAGAUACGCAAAUGCACUAAAAUAGAUCAUUAACCCAGUAUCAACUAAACUUGGCAUCGUAUAAAUGAUACGUACCAUGUAUAUUUAUAUUAUGUCAUGAUUGCCAUAGUGUGUCUAUAUGUGAAAUAGUACCAACGCAAGUGUCUGCUGGAGAUGUAAACCGGUUGGAUUUUGGUGUAAUUAUUCGAGACGUUCAGUAAAUACGGAUUGGGGAUUUGAACAGCGUCUCACAAUGUCAUCCAUAGCAGCAGACUUUGAAACCAUGAGCGGCAAAAAUAAGUUCGAUAUAUGGAAUCUCAUAAAGCGCGCAAACACCACAGAUCCGUACAUCCUCAUGGCCAAGCACCGGAUGAACAAGAGCGUCCAGCGGAGGGCGCGGACGGCCGGGCGGGUGAUUGGGCGCCGGAAGCGCCGGACUUCGACCGCCGACAGCGUCCAGCAUGAGAGUACCCGGAGCCACACAAGUACGGAGAUGUACGACGAUGAAGAGGAGUUUGAUUUUGACGAAAAGACAACGUUACCUGAAGAAGAGGCCCAUCAUGAUAACCCUUUGGAACACUGCCAGGAAAUGUAUUCGCGCGCAUGUCGCCAGUACAACGUACAUCCGGUAGCCUACUUUUACAACGCGCUGAGGAAUGACAAGUGCGUCUUGCGACACCGGCAAAUGACCAGUGAUUCAGUAAAAGCACUUGCCGUAGCUCUGGUGGGCAAUUCUUCUUUAGAGACUCUCGACCUAGGUGACAACGACAUGGGACCCAAAGGUGCCGAGUACAUUGCAGACAUGCUCCGGGAAAACAAUUUCGUCAAACACAUUAAUAUGGAGUUCAACAAUCUAGGGAUUCAUGGCGUAAAACAUCUAGUGGAUCUCAUAAAACAGCAGGACUCGGUGACCAGUCUAAAUAUCUCAGGAAACGGCUUGCGAGAGUGUGACGCUGAAGUUAUCCGCCCACUGAUUGAGGACACAUUGAACCUGAAGCACCUGAGUCUAGCGCACAACCAGCUACGGGAGGCCGGCGGCGAGGUGAUCGGGGAGGCGCUUGUAUGGAACGACACCAUGGAGACGCUUGACCUCUCAUGGAAUCACCUCCGGCGGGACGGCGCCGUCUUUGUGGCCGACGGGCUCGCGGAAAACACGUGUUUAAAGAAGCUUAAUCUCGCCUGGAAUGGUUUCUACCUGGACGGAUGUAAGGCGCUAGCACGUGCGCUCGAGGAAAACAAGACUCUGAUCGAGCUUGACCUCACGUGCAAUCGAAUCAGUAAGGAGUGCCUGGAGAAACUGACGGGAGGCUUGAGGAAGAACUCCACGCUGGAAAUACUCAGAUUAGGCUGGAAUCCUAUAACUCCAGCCGGUGCCAUGAUGUUACUACAGUUCAUUAAAGACACGAAAAAUCUUGCCAUCAAAGAGCUGGAUCUCACAGACCAACUAGUCGAGCCCGCAUUUAUUGCUCUCCUUGGGGAGCUAGAGGUUAUGAGGGAAAUCAAAGUGGUUUAUGGACAGGUGCUGGGCCAAGACAAGCGGGGUGACGACGACGACGAGAAGCAGUUAAUGGACGAGAAUCCGAUCAUCGUCCUCAUGGAGUUCGGCAAGCUGAUGGGUUUCCGGCUCAUGGACCUCUUUGCAGCGCUCGACAAGGACGGCAGCAAGUCUCUCGACCACGAGGAGAUCCGCAAUGGACUCCGGAUGGUGAACAUUCCUCUCAGCGACAAGUGUAUCGAGAUGCUCAUAAACAAACUAGACGUCGAUGGUGAUGGAGAAAUCGACUUUGGAGAACUGAUGGCUGCGCAGACAGAACACAGAAAGAAGAUGAGCAAGUUCUACGCGGCCCAAGAAGGCGAUGUUGACAUAGAGGACACGGAGAUUGGCCGAGUGCGCAUCAAGCUCUCGCGACUCAUGGCGAAAAAGAUGUCCGGAAAUCCGGCUUUCAAACGUCAGUCAAAAUUACUUUUGGAACAGAUGGGGUUACUGGAUCCAUCAUUACCACCACCAACAUAAUGAGAGGAAACUCUGUUCGAUGCUAAAUUUUUUUGUUACACGUUUUUAUUUGUGUAUACUGCACACAUACAA